GUCGCAAAUCACUUCCCAGAAAGCAAACAAUUCUAUCCCAUCUGGCCAUCUCAUUACAUUCCACUUGUCUAAUCGCCUAUAUAAAUAGUAAGCACUUCUGCAGGCAAUAUAGCAAGCCAAGCACAGCAAUCCCAAAUCCCAGAACUAUAAAGAAGGUCAAUUUCUUUGUUCGCAAUUAUCAGUUCCAUGGCAUUCACAACUAUGGCCAAAGCAACCUCACUCAAACCGCUAGUGUUCGUACUUUUUGUAUCCAUGUUGAUCAUGAGUUUCUUUCGGAGCGGGCAGGCACAAAUUUCUUGUGACACCGUCAAGAAUGACUUAUCUCCAUGCGUUAGCUUUAUCAUGAAUGGAGGAAAAGUUUCUCCUGCUUGCUGCAGUGGGCUUAAUACUCUACUCAGCCGAGCAAAGACUAGAACUGAUCGCCAGAGUGCUUGUUCCUGUUUGAAAUCUGUUGUUGAAAGUGCUACUGAUGAUCAACUCAAGAAUGCUGCUCAAAUUCCUCAUUCAUGUGGUGUUAAUCUGCCAUUUAAAAUCUCACGUGAUGUCGACUGCUCAAAGGUGAACUUAGCUUGAUGGGCACUUGAGGUGCUUCUCCAGGAUGCAUCACAUCACUGUCUAAUCUUGAAUGGUUUCGUGGACUUUAAGAAUCUUCCUAGGUUCCUACUGAUGUACAACAAAAGAAUAUGCUAAAUGUAAUGUUUUAAUGUUCUAUCUAUCGAACAUAAAGUUGUUUAAGUAAUAUACCUAUUAUUAGAGUAUACCCGUUAUAGUGAUUAAGAUCAAUCGACAUUCGUACUUUCUUUCUAUUUCCUAUUUUUCAUGAGCCCUCGCUUUGAAUGAAGUA